AUGCUCCAAUUCCAGCCUAAAAGUCUCCAAAGACCAAUCAACUGGAGCACGAAAAAAAAGCUGGUACACACAGUGCUUUAUGGAUUGACCACAUUCAGUGCACAAUUCAAUUCCACAACUAUGUCGUUCGAAUACUGCGUUGACGACAUUCGGAAAGAGUUUGGAGUCUCGCGAGAAGUGGUGCUGCUGCUUACUUCUCUGUACAUUCUCGGCAUCGCUUUUGGCCCUAUGGUGUUUGCUCCACUGUCAGAGAUUUACGGCCGCAAAAUUGGCAUAUUUGCUCCAUUUCUUGUGUCUGCGAUGCUGACGUUUGCAACCGGUAUUUCAUACAGCCUAGGUGCAAUGAUGGUGACACGGUUCCUCGGUGGCUUCUUUGCCGGAGCACCAAUUGUGGCGUCCGGAGGUGUUCUCGGAGAUAUAUGGUCGCCAGCGCAAAGAGGAGCGGCAUUUGCAUUCUAUGCCUGUUUCGUUAUUAAUGGAGCAGCGCUGGGCCCUACUAUAGGGUCGUUAUUAAGCAUGAGAACCAAUUGGAGGAACCCGCAAUGGUUUAUCGGGGGAUUUAGCAUUUGCAUUAUUGCCGUCUGUUGCACCUUUUUGCAUGAAACAUACGAGCCUGCGUUGCUGGCACGAGAAGCCAAAAAAGAGCGCCUUAAAUCAGGAUCAUGGGACAUACAUUCAAAAAGGGAUACUUGGGACCUGAACAUUCGCGAGCUCGUCAAAAUCCACAUGGUGCGGCCGUUUGCCAUUUUGGCCACCCCCAUUGUGUUUUUAAUGUCGCUAUUUGCCAGCUACGUUUAUGGAUUAUUUUAUUUGAUUCUCACCAAUGUCUCGGAAGCAUUUUACUUGGCCAAGGGGUGGAAAGGAACACUAGGCACAUUACCAUGCAUUUCGCUCCUGCUUGGAGUUCUUUUUGGCUGUGUGGGAAACAUGCUUUGGGCAAAUCGGUAUGCCAGUUUGGUGGAAAGGAACAACGGGGACCCUUUACCUGAACAGCGGCUCCCAGUGAUGAUGAUCUUGGGAUGGCUAAUGCCUGCCGGAAUAUUUAUUUUUGGAUGGACUUGUUCGCCAAACGUUCCCUGGCCCGCUCCUUGCUUGGGAAUUAUGAUGAUGGGUUGUGGCUUCAUAACGAUUUUCCAAGGGAGCCUGAAUUAUCUCAUUGACAGCUAUACCUGCUACUCUGCAUCUGCAAUAGCGGCUGCCACUUUUUUGCGGUCGGUUUUUGCUGCCUCCUUUCCGUUAUUUGCAAAACAGCUAUUUGUCAACUUGAAUGUGCACUGGGGUGCCAGUUUAAUUGGUUUCAUUGCCCUGGGAAUGAUUCCAAUUCCUUAUCUUUUUUUCGUUUUCGGCAAGAGGAUACGAGAAAAAAACGUUUUCAAACCAGGUCUAGAAUAG